AUGUCAAGUGAUUUAGACUUGGAAAUUUAAUCAAAUUUUGUUGCAUUAUAUGAAAAUUAUGAGAGAUUGAGUACUUUAGAUAUUAAGACAAAAGCAGAUAUUGAGAAAGCAACAAAAAGUCCUCCAAGUUAAAUAAUUUAGUCAGAUAUUCCACUAGAUUAAGAGAUUGGAUCUGCUUUAAGACUAAAACAACGAGAUAUUAAAACAGUUUAGAAAGAAUCUAGAUUUUGUCGUUAAAGAGUUGCUUCUAUAAAUAAAAAUACAAGUUAGCUUAAUAUUUCAAAGGAAUCAAUAGAGAGAAAGGGUAUUUUAAAGAAUAGAGAUUCAUUUCAUAGUUCAAGUUCUGAUGAAAAGAUAACUCCAAAACAUGUAAAAUUUAGUUCUGAAUCUUCUAAAUUUGUACACAUGGUUUUAAAAUGA